UCUCUUUUUUUUCCCUCUACACACUUGCCACAAACACAUACAAGAGGACAAUAUUGUAUAUAUAGACUACCUGUAAAUCACUAUGACGCUACGGAUCCCACCGGCGGUUUUGGUCGUCUCCGGAGCACUAACCGGCGUGAUUGCUCUAGUUGCCGUUUCCUACGCUGCUGAACGAUACAACUCGACGGCAUCGCCGCAAUUACCAACAGCAACCACUGCCAACAGUAAUGCCAACGGAACAUCAAGCGAGACACGGCGAUCCACACGACUCCGUCGGUCACGGCACGUUCGACGGCGUCGCUUACGACCGGGACAUCAACGCCGAGGAGAAGACGAUCCAGAAGAGGCUGUUUCGUUGUUACAAGUGCCAUUGUCGGAAACGGAAGAAGAGGUGCCCUUGUGGAGCGAUGACGAUAAUAAAAAUCUAUUAAAUGUAAUCUAUGCCAUAUCAGAGACCCAAGCACGAAGAGAAGGAUACAUUCACCGUAUGUGGCAUUACGUGCAACAAAUGUGGAGUAUCACCGAUCCGUGGCACUCGAUACAAAUGCGCCAAUUGCGUCGACUUUGAUCUAUGUGAAAUGUGUGAAGGCUCAAACUCUCAUUUAACCACACACGUGUUUUUGAAAAUACGGAUACCUAUCCCUCCACUCGCAAAUCCACGAAGUGCACUCUUACCGGCAUUUUAUCCGGGCAAUGACGAGAACAGUCGAUGGACCCUGUCGUCUGACAAGAUCCGUGAAUUACAAGACAGAUCACACUUUGACCAUUUGGAAUUGGAAGCGCUGCACGAACAGUUCAAGUCACUGGCCAUUGUGGAGAAAAACGAACAUCACGAACGCGGAAUCGAUACUGAAACGUUCGAACAGUGUUUAGGACCGUUAGGUUUGGAGAAGAACUUGAUUACCGAACGGAUAUUUGCGUUUUUCGAUCAAGAUCGGGAUGGAGUCAUUAGUUUUCCGGAGUUGGUGGGUGGGCUGAGCGUACUGUGCAAGGGCAAUCUGGAUGAAAAGAUCGAAUAUGCAUUCAAAGGAUACGAUUUGGAUGAAGAUGGAUACAUUUCACGAGACGAAUUGUAUCGUAUGUUCAAGUCAUACUUUUAUCUGUCAAUGGAACUCGUUCGCGACGUCGUCAGCGCGAUGGAAGACGAGAUGAUGGAUAAUUUUGAGUUUUCUGCAUCACAGCCUGUCAGUGCAGCAUUCAAUGUGGCGAUUCCUUCACUACCUUCAUCCAGCCAAAAUAGCAGCGAGGAGGAAGAUGAAGAUGAGGAAGAGGACGAAUUACGUCGUGAACGACGUCGGCGGCGACGAUAUCCAAACAAAGAGAACUAUUUCCAACAACAAUACCGGGAAGAAGAACAACAACAGCAGCAAGAAGAGGAUGAAAAUGAGGAGCAGCAACGGCAGCAAGAAGAGCCAGCAGACUACCUCAGAGAAGAACUCAACUUUGAGUUUGAUCGGUCUUUACGCAAAAACAAGCAACGACAAGCGUCGACAUCACCAUCAUCUAACCACCCAGAAGGAGAGGGAGAAGGAUUAUUAGAAGACGAUGAAGAUGUGAUUGGACCAUCAUCACCGAAACGGACCUGGGAGGAAAAAUUCCCCAUCAUGGAGACCAUGUCGCAGGACGCAAUCAAUGAAAUGGUCGACAAGACGUUCAAGAACAUUGAUGUUAAGCGGGAAGGAUAUAUCAGUCUGGAAGAGUUUCGACAAUGUGUACAAACUGAUUCAAGUAUAGUCAGCUGGUUUGAAGCAUUGGGUACUGUAUUUUAGAGUUCUAUAUAUAUUUUGCAUUAUUUUUUUUUUCUUUCUC